GAAGUCCUGACGUUGCUAUCAAUACCAAUACCGGACUUGUUUUGCCCGUAUGUCUUAAAUUUUUAAUUUGUUUGUCCCGAGCACGCGUCGCGUUCAAUGUAUGCGAACGAGUAGACAUUGGCAGUCAAAUUCUUUCUAACGACGAAGCAGCAGUUUGGAGCAUCAUGGAAUUGGAGACUUCCGAGAAAAAUGAUACGAACGCCACUGUUGAUAGAUACAUUAGCUCGUUGUACAAUCUCACGCAAGAAGACAGCAACUGGAUCGUCACGAGCUCCUUCAUGAUUUUUACAAUGCAAACAGGUUUCGGAAUGCUAGAGUCCGGCUGUGUCUCUUUGAAAAACGAAGUCAACAUCAUGAUGAAGAAUGUAGUCGAUAUAGUUCUCGGCGGCCUGACUUAUUGGCUCUUCGGAUUCGGAUUUAGCUUCGGCCUGAAUAAACCCAACAAUCCUAUAAUCGGUAUCGGAGGUAUACUCGUGGAUCCUCCCAUCGACGACGAGUACAUGGGCUCCAUUUGCGCCGCGUUUUUAUUUCAAUUGAGCUUCGCCACCACCUCUACGACCAUCGUCAGUGGUGCGAUGGCAGAACGAUGUAACUUUAAGGCGUACUGCCUCUUCUCGUUUUUGAACACCAUCGUGUACUGCAUGCCAGCCGGUUGGGUGUGGGGCGAUCAUGGUUUUUUGAACCGCAUGGGGGUCGUUGAUAUCGCUGGCUCAGGCCCGGUGCAUCUUGUCGGUGGUGUUUCAGCUCUCGCUUGCGCUAUUAUGCUCGGUCCCAGAAUAGGCAGAUACGACAACGGCAUCGAUCCUCUACCGCUCGGAUGCCCAGUCAAUGCUAUUAUGGGACUGUUCGUGCUGUGGUGGGGCUGGUUAGCGUUCAACAGCGGUAGUACUUACGGGGUGACCGGUGAUCGGUGGCAGUACGCCGCUCGAGCGGCCGUCUCCACGAUGAUAGCCAGUAUGGGAGGUGGUCUGAUCGGUCUGGGUUUCAGCUUGACUAAUCCGAAUGGAAUUGAUAUUCUUAGUCAGAUAAACGGUGUUCUUGGCGCACUGGUGGCAGUCACUGGUGGAUGCUUCCUUUAUAAAGCCUGGGAGGCGUUGGUGGUCGGGAUGGUAGGUGGAUUUAUCACGUGUAUCGCAAUGCCAGCGUUAGACAAAAUUCACAUAGACGAUCCGGUUGGUGCAGCCGCCACUCACGGCGCAAGCGGUAUCUGGGGAGUCAUCGCCAUCGGUUUAUUCGCUGACAAUCCAUAUCCCCUUGACACCACAAGCGGAAGGAAGGGCUUGUUCAAAGGAGGCGGCUGGUACCUGUUAGGAGUGCAAAGCUUGUCUGCGAUUUGCUUAUCGGUUUGGAGUUUUUCCUCUUCUGUUAUACUGUUAUGGAUAAUAAAUAAAAUAAUACCAAUUAGAAUGUCAGUUUAUGAGGAGGUACUCGGAGCAGAUCUUGUAGAGCAUAGAAUACGUCAUACAAAGAUAGGUGUGAGUCGUGCCAUGUCAGCACUUCGACCGUUUACCAUGGAAGGGAUACUGAAGAACGUGCCUCCCGUAGGCAUGAAUCCCGGUCACGAUUCAUACAUUACUCAGCAUAAGAAGAAAAAAUUGGCGAAUUUCUCACAGUCUGACAAACAUCAAUCGUCGAAGAAGCUCGUGGCGAGAAAUUCCCAGAUCAGGACGAUCGCGGACUCCGCAAUAACCGCGGAAACGAAACCGCAAUUUGCUUGGGUAGAUUAGAUUAGAUUAAAAAAAAAAAGACGAAUCCCCAUAUACACGGAUAGAGACUUAUAUGUACUUUCAGUCAGAGAUGUAAAUUUAUUACAAAUGUAUAAACAUACACACGUGCACAAUCUAAUUUCGUCGUAUUCUAAUACGUUCGAACGAUACGUGUAUGCGCGCGCUCGCGCGCGUGUGUGUAUGUGUGUGUGCGCGUGCGAGAGAGAGAGAGAGAGACACAUUUG